AUCCUGGACUGGAUUCCAGCUGGAGUCUGGAAUGGAGUCGGCAAAGGGAAAACCUGGACUGGAUUACAGCUGGAGUCUGGAAUGGAGUCGGCAAAGGGAAAACCUGGACGGGAUUACAGCUGGAGUCUGGAAUGGAGUCGGCAAAGGGAAAACCUGGACUGGAUUACAGCUGGAGUCUGGAAUGGAGUCGGCAAAGGGAAAACCUGGACUGGAUUCUGGCCUGAGUCUGGAAUGGACUUGGCAAAAGGGAAAACCUGGACUGGAUUCCAGCUGGAGUCUGGAAUGGAGUCGGCAAAGGGAAAACCUGGACUGGAUUCCAGCUGGAGUCUGGAAUGGAGUCGGCAAAGGGAAAACCUGGACUGGAUUCCAGCCAGAGUCUGGAAUGGAGUUGGCACAAGCAACAACCUGGACUGGAUUCCAGCUGGAGUCUGGAAUGGAGUCGGCACAAGCGAAAACCUGGACUGGAUUCCGGCCGGAGUCUGGAAUGGAGUCGGCAAAAGGGAAAACCCGGAAUGGAUUUCAGCUGGAAUCUGGAAUGGACUUGGCAAAUUGGACCGGACUCUAGGUCAGCCUUCACAAGGCAGAAGUCCACGACAGCCCAGGCAGAGAACAAAAUGCCAUAAAAGCAGCAAACCAAGUCUGAAGUGGCAUCAGAAGCCCACUCUGGAGUGCCUCCCUGCUGGACCCUGCCAGGCUGUGGCUGUGACUUAGGCAAUGCUGUGGCAACCUGAGGCAGAGCUGUGGUAAACGGGCUCUGAAAAAGUGCAGUCAUUUGGGGAAGUAAUGCAAUUCAACAGUAUGAGGGACUGCUUGCUAAAGAGUUGGGGGUGCCUCUGGCUGUUGCCAUGCACCCAGAACUGUUACUUUUGCUUUAUUGAUCUGUCCUUUAUUAUCCUGUAUUAAACUCUUAAAGUUUUGAGGAGAGGGGUUUGUUUCUCACAUGCACCAUCCCUCCUUUAGCAUGAAAGAGGCACUUUUAGUGCUCGUGUGUGUGCUGGCAUCUGCUGGCUGUUGGUGUCAAGGCACUGCUGUAAAUAAUGCCCUAAAUGGUAAGGAAUUGUUGUCAGACAAGGUUAUUCCUUUCAAUGAGAGAACUUCUUGCUCUAAAUUAGCCACAAGUGCCUCUGAGGGGGAAACUCGUGGGUUUCCUCAAGCCCUACUGAUAUAACAGAAAUGAUAAAAGAGGGAUGGUAUCAAAUUUCCCUAUCAGGAAACCACAGAUGUGUUGCUUUUAAAUUUUGAGGUUUGGAUAUGUCUGACUGUGUGUGAUUGACCUCUGCUCAUGAAGGCUGCUGGUCUUACAAUUCAGAAAUGAGGGAAGAACAGCUCAGGAGAUUGUGUUCUGCCAUUAGGUAAAUUAUACAUGCAGGAAGUGUUGGAAUUAGUUACAAAUCUUUCUCCUGUUCUAUUACAAUUUUGUGCUGAAAGAAAAAUGCUUUGCCUAAGGCAAGCACUAAGUCUGGGAGCUAAGACACUGUUUUUAUGUUUCAAAGUUUACUCAAACAAUAAAUUAUGCUUUCGCUCGGAUAUUAUUAACUAAUAAUUCAAGGCUGGAAACUUCAGUCAAGUGUGAUAAAAGAAUUUGGCUGAGUGGCAGGCAGCCACGUUCUCCUAAAUGCCAGCAGCAAGAUCUGUUUACACAAUAAAUCACUCCUGUGAUAAACUGUCCUUAACUUACAACUCCAGAUGGAAGACUUCAAGUCAGGCCAGUGAUUUAGCAGCGCUGCUAAUACCUGAGGUGACAUUUUUAUUGCAGAUGAUAAUAACCAUAUUGGUAAGAUUAGAGUUAUGCUGUGCUUUGCUGUUUCUUCUAAAAAUUAGGCAAGGCUGAAAAUAAUUAUGGAAGUGUUCUGUGUGUUCAUUGGUCAUGGGGUUGGAGCACACUGUGCCUGCAGUCACCCAAACCUGAGAUGUGAUCAGCCCCAUGUUUGCUAAUGUUUGCAAAGUUCUCUCUUGCAUGGGACAAAAACCUGUUUCAAUAAAACUUCAU